GAUGUGGUGUCAUGAUUCCUAUGAGAAUGAUGGCAUGUCACAGUGUUGGGAAAAUUGUAUAAGAAAAGCAGAAAAACCCAACCACCAGGAAUGGGACACAGAACAACAUAACAGUGUCUCUGUACAUCAGAAUUCAUCCUUGGGAGAGAAACCCUACAAAUGUUUGGAAUGUUGGAAAAGCUUCAGUAAUAGUUCUCAUUUGCGUACUCAUCAGAGGACCCACUCCGGAGAAAAGCCUUAUAAAUGCUCUGAGUGUGAGAAAUGCUUCUGUAAUAGUUCUCACCUGAUCCAGCAUCUGAGAACACACACUGGGGAGAAGCCGUACCAGUGUGGAGAGUGUGGGAAAAGCUUCAGCAACACCUCCCAUCUUAUUAUCCAUGAGAGGACGCACACAGGGGAGAAACCCUACAAAUGUCCCGAGUGUGGGAAGAGUUUCAGCAGCAGCUCUCACCUCAUUCAGCACCACAGAUCACACACAGGUGAGAAGCCAUACGAGUGUCCCAUCUGUGGAAAAGGCUUCAGCCACAGCUAUGUCCUAAUAGAACAUCAGAGGACUCACACUGGAGAAAAGCCCUACAAGUGCCCCGACUGUGGAAAGAGCUUCAGUCAAAGUUCCAGUCUGAUCCGCCACCAGCGGACACACACAGGUGAGAAGCCCUACAAAUGUCCUGAAUGUGGAAAAGGCUUUGGUUGUAAUUCUACUCUAAUUAAGCAUCAGAGAAUCCAUACGGGAGAAAAACCCUAUCCCUGUGCAGAAUGUGGGAAGAAUUUUAGUCGAAGCUCCAACCUUAUAGCACACCAGAAAACGCACACAGGAGAGAAGUCCUGUGGAAAUUCUGAAUAUGAGGAAAGUGUGCAUCAGGACUGCAGUAUGGUAGAGGACUGCAGAGUCCAGCCAGGAGAGAAGCCCUAUAAAUGCUGUGAAUGUGGGAAGAGUUUCGGCCUUAGCUCCCACCUCAUUAGACAUCAGAGAACGCACACGGGGGAGAAGCCUUACAGGUGUUCUGAGUGCUGGAAGACUUUCAGUCAGAGUUCCACCCUGGUGAUCCACCAGAGGACUCACACAGGAGAGAAACCUUAUAAAUGCCCCGACUGUGGAGAGUGCUUCAGUCAAAGCUUUAACCUCAUCAGGCACCGAAGGACCCACAUAGGAGAAAAACCUUACAAAUGUCCCGACUGUGAGAAAUGCUUCAGCAGAAGUGCCUAUCUCAGUCAGCAUCGGAAAAUUCACAUGGAAAAGUCUCUUGAGUCUCCUGAAGUGGGGGUUUCUUUCCUUCAUGAGUGGACGUGGAAAAGCUGUUCAGGGAAAAUGGCCCUCCUCCCUUCAUUUUCAGUCUCAAAUUCAUCUUCUACCUGAGUUCCACAGAUGUUUCAUGCCGUCCCCCCUUCCUCCACUGGACCAUUACAAGGAAGGUAUUUGGUGAUAAUUGUGCUCUAAAGUUUAUUGGUGUGUUUCCCAAAUGCCUGGAAAAAGUCAACCUCUCUGUUUAGAGGGAAAAACUGAGAUCCACUGGCUACCUAAUCUGUCCAGGGAGAGGCCACCAAGGACUGAGGAGGAACUUUUAAAAUGUAAAGUGAGAUAGGAAUGGCUUCAGAUGGAAAUGGAGAGUAAUCCUGGGAGUGAGCCAAAAGACCUGAUGCUAGAAUUGCCAUUGAAUCACCUCAUUUCCUCGUCUAUUGAGUGUAGACAGCGCAUUAUUUUUCUUAAGAGUUUACCCAGAAAAGUUCAUUUUGAACAAAUAAUGCCAUUACCUGGCUGUUUUUGGAGGUCUUAAGAAGAGAUGUACUUUACCAAGUGCAUUUUUAUUUUCUAAAAAUGAACUUGUAUCUAGAACACUGGGUCCAUUACCAUAGCUUUUAGCCAUAUAUGGCUACUUACACUUAUGUUGAUUAAAUGAAAUUUAAAAUCCAA